AUGAAGACAUCGCAACUCGUUCUCGCCGCAGCCGCAGCGGCUCUGCUUUCAAUUGCAGACGCGCAGACGACGUUCAUGCCCCCCGUGACGGCGCCGGCCCGACCUUUCUUCAUCUACGACUCCCACCCAACAGGCAGCCUCGAAGGCUCCAUCGUCAGCAUCGACAUCGAGGGAAGAACAGAAACCUGGCAGCUGGCGUGCCCGACUGCCAACAAAGCCUGCCUGGCAGAGAGCUACUACCCGGUCAACGUCACCCACAUGAGAGGAUCGGUCUGGGCGGCGUCGAACACGGCGACCGCGGGCGUGACCAAGUUCUGGCAGUGCGACCUCGGCACCGGCAGCGACGACGCGAUCUCGAACCAAGGCGGAUGGUGCUCCGUGACGACGACGUCCGGCGGCUCGACCAAAGUGGGCGAAAAGACGGCCGUCGACUCCUGCUUCGUGGAUGUGCGAAGCGUCAUCGCCGAAAUCACCGGAGGUCUGGAGAAGAUAAGCUACACGGGCGGAGGCUAUCCUGCGUCGUACUACUUGUCGGUGCUGGACGAAAUGACCAAGUCGUGCCCGCCGUUUACCAGCGCUGCGCCUGUUGAGACGUUGGGAACAGCAGCGACCACUGGGAAUGCCGCAACGGGGGCAUCUGGCAGCUCGUCAUUGCCGACGGAGACGGGGACGGCUUCCGGCAGUGCGGCGCCGUCCGGGUCGGCCCCACCCAGUGGGUCGGGCCGGAUGUUGGCGAGCAUGCCGUUGGCUUGCGGAGCCGUGGUGGUGAUGGGUAUCGCCGCGCUGCUUUGA